AUGUCAUCAACAAGCAGUUCAUACAAAUCCAGCAAACGUCACGAACUCGCGCCCUCUCGUACCGCCGUCACAAUCCCAACCAUUGCUCCCGUGAUUGGAAACUAUUCCCAUAGUAACACUAUUCCGUCGAAUAAAUCCACAGUAUAUCUCAGUGGAUUUAUGGGUGAUUUACCCGGCGAUGGACGAAUAAUAUCUGGAGGGAUAGCAGCGCAAACUACGCAGAUUAUGAGGAAUUUGAAAGCUGUUUUGGAAGCGAGCGGGAGCGGUUUGAACAAGUUGGUUCAGAGGAGAGUAUUUUUGGUUGAUAUGGGAGAUUUGAAAACGAUAGAUAGGAUAUGGGGGGAAUGGGUCAAGGAACCAUAUCCAGUGAGCACUUGUGUACAGGUUGUGAGGUUGGCUAAGGAAGCCGCAAAAGUGGAGAUUGAAGUAGUCGCAGAAACAAAUUGA